CUGCGCAGGCGGUUUUCUACGGGAAGGACGAUCGGCUCUUCUUGGUGGAGCGAAAUGGGAUAUCAAAUGAUUGAUGACCGACAAUACUCUGAGGUUCGUUGGAACAUGUCAGACUCUCAGAGGAGGAGACUCACGAGUUCUCCACUAGGCCCUGCGCUGCUUCGAGAGCGCUAGAGAUACUCAUGGCAUUACAUUGGCCAAUGCGUAUAUUAAUGAAGAAACUGGGCUCACCAAGAGAGCUCGUCGACAGUUUGAAGGGGCAAGAAUUUGUUUCAUAGCGGCAUCAGAUCUUUUCCUACAAACUGGCAGCACCGAAAAGGCGGUUCAAUGCCGAAAGGAAGGGGGUGAUCCAAAGCGUGCGGCCGGUGGGUAAGUCCCAAGCCAAGACCGAGAUAUUAAGGCUUAUAUGGUACAGAAAUUCUUGCCGAUAAUGGAGAAUAUAAGGAGGCCGCUUGGCUUUUGGCAGAAGUUGGCUUGUUUUCAGAAGCAAGCGAGGUGUAUACCCAGAAUAACAAACAUGAGAAGGCGCUUGCGGGCUAUGCUCGUGGGAAACAAUUUACAUCUAUGUUGGACUAUCUCGAAAGGUUUAUGCCUGAUAUCCUUUUCUACUUAAUCUGCAGAGCUCAGAGUGGUAUAAUGGAAUUCGCUAACUACUAUGAAUAGCAGGUCUGAGUCAGAAAUUGAGCCUUGCUGUUGGAAUCAGUAUAUACAGCUCUUCUACUUAAAAGAAUUUGGGGAGAGCGAUACGAUUCCAAACAAGCAUGAAAAACGGGCCCUCAACCUUAUUGGAUCUCCGGAGGAGCAGGAAGUGGUUUUGUCAAGAUUUCACUUGAUGAACAAACUUUUCAACUUGCUCUGCGUUAAUACAAAAUAUGUGGAAGCCUACGAGAUUGGGGUUAGUUCUGGGUUUCUGAAGAAGUCCGUUAAG